AUGUAUGAUCUGUUAAAUGAGGCUGUGUUCAGGAAUUGUCUUACAGGGCCACACAGGUGCCCUGGGGAAUGGCGCCAGUUUGGUUCCCAUUUUGUCAUUUUCGAUGAGACUCCAAGAUCUUGGGCGGAUGCGGAGUUCCACUGUCAGUCUCUUGGUGGACACCUGGCCUCAGUACACAGCUGGCUGGAGUCUAUAUUUCUGGAGGCGUUGACUUUUGAUUUACCUUUGACCUGGAUUGGAGGAACGGAUAGUGGUCAGCCAGAGAUGACACAGUACAAGAGCUGGUCCUGGACUGAUGGCUCUGGAUUUAAUUACCGACAGUGGGCAGAAGGAAUGCCUAACAACUGUAUUGUUGGACAGUCGUGUAUUCAGAUGAAUUUUGGAGAUAAACAUCGCUGGAACAAUGAAGUCUGUGAAAAGCCCUUUGCUUCGGUCUGCUCACAAAGCGAUUGAAAUCAAUUAUUGCUGUCAUGUUUACCUAUUGAUUGUUGUGGUUGUCAAUAAAACAGCUGAACUCUA